AUGUCUGCUGCAUCCAUGGCCCUGGUUGCUGAGGCCAAGUGCAUGCUGGAUGAUAGGGAUGACAUAUGGGAAGAGAAGAAAACAGGUGAGGUUGUCCCUAUUGUUGAGUGCAGUAGGGAGCUCAAUGUUGAUACCAAGAUAGACAUGGCAGACAGACCAGCAAUAGUGGAUGCAGAUGGGGCAUAUGAACAGUGGGUGGCUGAGGAGGUUGCACAGAACAAGAUCGAUGAGGACAUGUAG